CGUAUCGUUUUGGGAACGAAAAUGUAGCAGACAAGCAUUAUGCAUGUUGUGUAACAGACAAACUAGUGUUAAUGUUAUUUAAUCGACCAGUUAUUCAACAUAAGGCCUACACAUUACUUCCCGGCUCCUGUGGAAUGACACAACACCGUUGCGAACUAGAAAUGGUGAAUUCUUCGAGAGUGCAGUGUCGCCUGCAAGGCUGCACCUGUGGAGGCACAGUGACGGUCUGGUGACAGGCUACCUUUUCUACCAUGCCUACCUCCAUGACCCCCUCUAUGGUCCAACUGUAUAAAUUGGAAAGAAUUCCCCAUUGGAUCAUGCCUCCCAUCCCCAGGACAUUGGAGUUUGACAGGUCAGGCUGAUGAAGGGAACUGCUUUGAGUACUGUUUGCCUACAAACAAGCCGCAGUGAGCUGUUGCGAAGUAUGGCGUCAUCUGUAGCCAGCUUCCGAAUAGGUGCUUGCAUUCUUGCAAAAUCCAACUUGCGCCAAUUUGGCAAAGCUUCUGUCUGUGUAAGGUGUCUGCACGUCGUGAAAGACUCUGCAGGGAAUGUCAAGAGCAAAUCAUCAGUGUCAACACAAACUGUCACACGCCAGGCAGGUAUGCACUCAAAGGUCCUGAGAAAUACUACAAGAAAGAUUCCUGGGCAUAGUUGUCAAGCAGCCGUGGAGCGAUUCCGAGGAACACUGCCAGCGGAUGCCCUGCUUGAUGAGAUCUCAUCAACCACCGACCCCACUGAGGUUCUGAAUCUCACGGGUCGUCACCGUGCCCGUCUGACCCAUGUCCACAUUUUCCAUGCCUUCCACCACAUCUGGCAGCUUGCCAAGCUCCAUGAUGGGCCAUAUCUGACCUGCUUUCUUGACGCAGUCCGUCGCCACCCAGAAUUUGAUGCCUUGUGCGUUUUGGCGGAAAACAAGCUGAACGAUGUGGAUGGCAAGCUGUUGGUGGACACCCUCUAUGCGGCACUGAGGCUCACUCCGGAGGUGCACCACCCCUUGGUGCGAGAGUUGAGAACGGAGCUAAACCACCGGCUUGACGAGCUGGAGACGAACGCAUUGUCCAAACUUGCUGUCAGCCUCGGUGACAUGAAUGACAAUCGCAGCCCCAUGUUCUGUGCCACAGUGCGACUGUUCAGCGACAAGCUGCACACAGUGGACAGCAUCCGGGAGCUUUCGGCUUGGAUGCGGGAGGCAAUCCACCUGGUGUCUCCUCCCAACCGGCAAGCUGUCUUCCAGAGGGCUAGCCAGCUCCUCGCAGAAGCUAACCCCAUGGAUAUUGGAGACAACAGCAUCAGGAGAAUUAUCCACACCAUGGCACGGUCGCGCAGUGUCAGUCAGCCACUGUUAAACCAGUGUGCCCAACUCUUAAUGGAGAUGAUGGAGAGUAUCCCACUCAAGGAGCUCUGCAUGGUACAGUCCAUGCUGCGAUGCCUCAAUUAUGAAAACAAAGAGCUCCAGGAUGCCGUCCACAAGACAAUUAUUAAAAAACUACCAGCCUGCCAUGAUCCAGAAGACCUGGCCUAUGCUAUUGAGAGCAUCGGCAGUGUAGCCUCAGCCGAUAUCAAACUCCUUCUGGCAGACAAAGCGGAGGAGGUGGCUUCAGUACUCACUCCUAGUGCCAUCAGCCGCAUGUCUGCUGGACUGCGCCUGAUGGGGUACCGGAACCACCAGACGCCCCUGGUGCAGAAACUGGUGAGGAGGAUCAAAGCAGAGAGCAGCAGCCUUCAGGUGGAUGGCUUGGCCGACAUCGUCGGGUUCCUGGUUCGCCUGGACAGCCCCGAUCCGGAGGUCUUCACCAUCAUCCAGGAGAGGCUCCUGGAGAUCCUGGGCUUUGCUUUCUCCCCGAGCCGGGUGCUGACGGUUGUUGCCACACUCGCCCAGCUGCCAACCUUGGACUUGCUGGACUGCACCGUCCCCAAGCGAGUCCGGGCCAUGAUGCCCCAGCUGAACAUUGCUGGCAUCAAUUACAUGCUCCAGGCCACCAGCAAGAUUGCCCGCAAGUUAGACAAGUCAAAGUUGGGCACACUCAGCCAGGAGGUUGUUGAAUUAAGACAGGAGUUGUUUGAGAGAGCACAAGCGUCAAUUGACCAGAUCACAAGCAUCUACUACCUCAACAACAUUGUGGACAUCGUUCUUAGGGACGACGGGCAUGUCCUAGUCCUGGACGCUGCCAUGAAGCAGUUCACCAACGUCCUGCACCGCAUGACCCCCCAGUUGGCUGUGGACUGUGCCCGGAACCUAUUCAGGGCCAGGUACCUCCAGCGGGAUCUGAUGGACAAGAUUGCCCAGGUGGCCACCCAGAAGAUGAACAAGAUCACACCGAUGCAGGUCUUGUACAUCCUGAGUCCCUUUUGUUCGCUCAACUACCUGCCUCCCAACGCCCCAGCCUUCUUCCAGGCAUGCGUGGCCCGCUGCCAACCCUUCCUGGACAGUCUGCCCACGGGCUACCUGGUGGACCUGACCCACAUCCUCACCUUCCUGCAGCAGUUCCCUGAGCCUUUCAUCCGGCACAUCUUCAGUCUGGACUUCCUGACCAAGCUGGACGAAGAGUUGGAAACCAUCCCGGACCGUAGCAUGAUGUACCGUCGAAAGCUGAUGUACCUAAACCGCACGGUUGCCCUGGAGUGUCCAGAACUGCAAGUGCCCUGGUUCCAUGAACAGUUCAGCCAAGACCUUCUCAAGAAACGUUCUUUAACAAUGGACUCAUCGCUGAUGUCGAUACAGAGCUCCCUGGUUGAGGUGUUGGGCGGCCCGCAGUAUCUCCGAUCCUUUGUCGUGUCGCCGUACUACUACGAUAUCUCCUUUGAGUGUGUAUUGGACAGCGAUGGCCACCCCCUGGCCUGCGCCGACUAUGGCAGUGUCCUCAACCGCUCCGAGGGCAAGGUGGCUGGCACCAUGCUAGCCGAUCUGAUGCAGUGGGGAACCCAGACUAAGCAGCUGCCGCAGGGUGCACAGAGGGUUGCUAUUGACUUUUUGCCAAGCGCUCUGUUCUGCAUCAACUCCAGACACACCCUGGGCAUGGUGGCCCUGAAACAAAGACACUUGGAGCUCAUGGGGUACAGAUACGUCCAGAUCCCCCACUUUGUGUGGAGCUCCCAGGUGCUGGCCGAACACGAGGAGCGUAUUGAAUACCUGCGGUGGCUCAUCUUCAGUCCCAGCAAGGGACUGGAAGAACAGCGGCCGGCGGCAGCGGCAGCGAAGAACACAGGGGUUGGCCUGAGUGGGGUAUUGACGGACAAGGUCCGGCCCAAGCUGCCCAAGAACCUGGGCAUCCAAGAGGAGGGGCUACUGGAGGACGAGAUGGUGCUGAAGGUCCUCAACACCUUUGACACCAUCCGAUGAGGAUCAUGUCCACCCCCCCGGCUGGCGCAUUGCAGCAUUGCUCUUGGGGACAAAGUAACAGGACAAGCGCGCGGGCUCAUUUUCAAAAUGUUGUUCUCAGAAUUACAUUCUUUAUUUGAUAAGUAUAAAAACUCUGUAACUUAAAAACUGUUUUCCCUAAGGCCCUGGGGAAGACGACAAUGAAGGACAUUCAUUCUUAAGAGUUUGAGGAAAAAACCCUUAACAAAACACUUUGAAAUUCUAUAAAGCUUUUAUAUGAAUUCAGUUUACCAUUAUAUCAUUUGGCUAUAUUCCCUGAUAGUCUUCCUUGGUCUUAAACAUUAGCAUGAGCUCUACAGCAGUUAUACCGAACUUCCAAUCCUGGCGUAGGUCAGUGUAAAUACAAGUGUUUACAGUACAUUUAUCUUCCCGAAGCGAAUUUUUUCUUGAGGGGCACAGUUGAAAUUCAUAAAAUGUUUGAAAUACACACAGGAAAAAGUAUUUUUUCAGUUUCCUUUGUAGUUAACUUGCCUUUCUGGACUGUGAAGUUAUGCCAAUAAAAUUACAAAAAAUUGUUGAA